AGUCAUACUUAAAAGUGGUAGCCCCGAGGAAAGCUUAAGUUUCGCACGAUCUAGUCUGACGCAACCCCGUCCACUACCACACACACACACACGCACACACACAAGCAAACACGAAACAAUUUGAUACUGAUAUAUAAACUGAUAUAUACACCUUCGAUCCACUGUGUAGAUCACAAUUUAAAUGCCUUUCGUCGAGAGAUUUCAACAAAUACGAAAUUUUGUUAUGAACGUCUGUCUCGUGGAGGCCAUCCAAUUCGUCCAGGACUUAACGCAUGCCAUUUGCUUGGACUUUCAGGGAUUGUUCAACCUAAAGUAGAGAUCCCCGAGCGAUCUCUCAUCGCUCUCUUCAUCAGUACACCUGUAAGCAAUAUUAUCACAUUACGCACCCCCUCGCACGCAUCGCA